UUUUAAUAGGAUUAGGAUGCAUUAUAUAAACUUUGGGAAAUUUAAAGUAUUGUUAAAUAUUAAUAUCACAUUAUAGUAAUGGUUGCACAUUUUACAAAUUCUUAAAAUACAAAUAUAUAUAAUAAUAAUAAUAAUAAUAAUAAUAAUAAUCUCAAAGUAAAAUCUCACCUAAUAUAUCUGAAUUGAGCUCUUUGCCAUUAACUCACCUGCGUACAUACUAAGUUUUGAACAUAACACAACACAUACAAAACAAUACUCAAAACAAGAAUUCAACUUUUGAUUAUUUGACACUCACAACGACCAAUUUUGAUCUUUAUUAUAUCUCUGGGUUGGGUUUGGUUUUUCUCUUGUUCUGUUUCAGAAAUUCCAAGCUAUGGCCUCUGAUCCUGAGCAGCACACUCUCUCUUCUAUUGGAAAGUCUUCGGGUGAGAUUGGAAAUGAAAAUGAGCCUCUUCUCAGUAGGGUUCAACAUUCAGAUAACUACUCUGUUACUGCUGCAAUUCUCCCAUUUCUGUUCCCAGCUUUAGGUGGGCUGCUCUAUGGAUAUGAUAUUGGUGCCACUUCUUGUGCUACAAUUUCUAUACAGUCAGCCACAUCAAGUGGAGUAUCAUGGUAUAAUUUGUCUUCUGUGGAUGUUGGUCUCAUAACCAGUGGCUCAUUGUACGGUGCCUUGCUUGGCUCUCUGUUGGCUUUUAAUGUUGCUGAUUUUCUAGGGCGAAGAAAGGAGUUGUUUUUAUCUGCUUUGGUGUAUCUCAUUGGAGCUAUAAUAACCGCAGUGUCGCCUAACUUGCCUAUCAUGGUCGUUGGGCGCAUUAUAUUCGGUAUAGGAAUUGGACUGGCAAUGCAUGCUGCUCCAAUGUACAUUGCUGAAACAGCUCCAUGUCAGAUACGGGGUCAACUAAUCUCUCUUAAGGAGUUCUUUAUAGUACUCGGAAUGGUUGCAGGUUAUGGAAUUGGAAGCCUUCUUGUUGAUGUGUUUUCUGGUUGGCGCUACAUUUACUCUGCCAGUAUUCCAUUGGCGAUCGUGAUGGGAAUUGGAAUGUGCUGGCUAUCCGAAUCACCGAGGUGGAUUCUUCUGCGUGCCAUACAAGGGAAAGGAAAUAUGCAGGAUUUAAAAGAGAAUGCAAUACUUUGUUUGCGCCGGCUUAGAGGUCCAGUCUAUCAAGACUGUGCUCCCGCGGAAGUGGAUGAGAUGUUGGCUGAACUUUCUUUUGUUGGAGAAGAGAAAGAAGGUUCAAUAAGCGAACUUUUUAGAGGAAAAUGCUUGAAAGCCCUUAUAAUUGGUACAGGAUUAGUCUUGUUCCAGCAGAUCACAGGGCAACCCAGUGUUCUAUACUAUGCUGCAUCUAUAUUUCAGAGUGCAGGGUUCUCUGCAGCUUCUGAUGCAACCCGGGUCUCAAUUCUACUUGGUGUGCUGAAGCUAAUAAUGACCGGACUGGCUGUUCUUGUCAUUGAUAGACUUGGGAGGAGACCCUUACUGCUCGGAGGUGUUUCGGGAAUUGUUGUCUCUUUGUUCCUUUUGGGAUCAUAUUACCUAUUCUUGGAUAAUCUAUGGAUUGUGGCUGUUAUUGCAUUGCUUUUGUACGUUGGCAGUUAUCAGGUAUCCUUUGGUCCCAUUGGUUGGCUAAUGAUAUCGGAGGUUUUCCCGUUGCGACUAAGAGGACGGGGACUGAGUAUAGCAGUGCUUGUUAAUUUCGGUGCAAAUGCGUUGGUGACAUUUGCAUUCUCCCCUUUGAAGGAAUUGCUAGGAGCUGCAAUCUUGUUUUAUGUAUUUGGAGUUAUAGCUGUGAUAUCUCUUGGUUUCAUAUUCUUCGUUGUGCCCGAGACAAAGGGGCUUACUCUUGAGGAAAUUGAGGCUACUUGCCUUUAGGAAUUGAUCUGCUGCCUUCAACUUGAAAGUUUAAAAUUAGUUGAAAACAGAUAUAUCUCACAUGUGCCUGUACUUGUAGAGUUUACCUAAACUUGGGAUUUUCCAGUUGUCUAUUAUUUUCUUGUAGAGUUUAACAAUAAUAAUAAAUAUAUGUUUUCUAUGA